AUGGCCUGUUCGGAGCAUUUGGAACUGCUGAACGAGGCCCUGCUCAUGUGCUGUCCAACUGCGGAGGUCGCUGUACAUGUGCUCGUACAGAUAGCCGGUUCUACUUAACGCGGCCUCCUCCACAGCAGGCAUGCAUUCAUGUCUGUCUGCUCAAGUACUCGGUUCCUGCAGAGGUUCCUUGGUCAGAGCUAUGAGCUACCAUCAUUCGAGCCAACUCUGGAGCUCCCAGCUCGGCGUGCGCUUUGGACCGCUUGCGAAUUUGCGUCCAGAGCCGGCCACUACUUCGUCUCUUCAUACUUCUGCUCUAGGCGGUGAUGAGGGUCGCACCGACAGCCCCGUAAAUCCAGCUCAAAUAGGCAUAUACUCGACAGAUGUUGCCCAAGAUCCAUUGUCGUCAGUUCCACGCUCAAGAGGCCUUGAUCGGCCGCCCAUAUCUCUUCCACCUCGCCCAACGAGUCCUCCGCGAGCGCCCAUUGCUCUCCCAGAUCCAAAUGGCGCGCCCAUCUCAGAAGAUACCAGCCCAAAAGAGAGCGUUGCGGCGCCUGGAGAUGAAAAGAAGAAGAUUGUCGAGCCACCGUUCACUCCACUAGAGUUCAACAUCUCCAAAAAGGAGUUUCUUGCUGCUCGUGCCGCCGUUCCUGGCACCCCCGAAGCUCACUGGUCAUAUAACAUGUACCAUCGAACUGGUGAGAAUGGGAAGAUCGAUAAUGUUAAGGUGCAUUAUUGUGAGAGCAAGGCCACCACCGAGCGUGUCUGCAAGGAGUAUUUCCUAAACGAAGAUGUCAUCGGGCUUGAUCUGGAGUGGAUGAAGUUCGCAAAGCGGACGGACGGAGCUCGACAAAACGUGUCUCUGAUCCAGAUUGCAAGCCCCAGCCGCAUUGCCUUGAUCCAUGUCGCAGUGUUCUCAGAUAAGGAGGACCUUCUGGGACCAUCAUUUCGCAAGAUCAUGGAUAAUCCCAAUGUGAGCAAAGUCGGCGUCAACAUUGUACCGGAUUGCACGCGCCUCAAAAACCACCUCGGCGUCACUGUUCGGGGUAUCUUUGAGUUGAGCCAUCUCUACAGAGUCGUCAAGUUUCUGCCAGAGCAGCCUAACCUAGUUCACAAAGGACUGGUGUCUCUGGCCACCCAAGUUGAAGACCAGUUACUGCUUCCUUUGUACAAGGGACAGAUGGUCCGAACAGGGAAUUGGAUGAGACGGCUGAGCACUCAGCAAAUUGACUAUGCGGCGUCGGAUGCCUAUGCCGGCCUUCAGCUUUAUUAUGUACUUGAGGAGAAACGAAAGGCGCUCGUCCCUUGCCCUCCUAGACCACAUCACGCGGAACUGCGACUACCUAUUCCACUUCCUGAACCUCCAGCUCCUCCAGUUGUUGAGAAAAAAGACGACGAGGAUGCUACUGCAGUAAUAGAUCCGACAGCAACAACUUCUACAGAUGCAACGGCUUCCAUACCUAAACCUAGAGCUCCCAAGCCUAGAGAUCGCAAACCCAAAACUCAAUCACCAGAAACUUCCUUAUCGAAGAUUCCAGCCACAGAAGCUUCAGCCUCGGGCGAAUCGGCCCCAAAGCCUGCAAAGGCAAGAUCGAGACCACGCCCGCCAAAGGCCCAAGACAAUAGAGACGCGCGGAUCAUUGCGGCCGAGGCAGAAAUGAAGGCAUAUAACGAGGCCUAUACUGCUGCCAAUGCGACUUGGCCGAUCACAACCCCUGUCCGCCUCAGGGCGUACUACAUCUGGUAUCGGAAUGAAGACCUUUGUCCUGCCGAUAUCGCUGCGCUCUUAAGAGACCCACCGCUGCUAACUACCACUGUUGCGGCGUAUAUUGUAGAUGCGAUACAGACGGAGAAGCUUCCCUAUCCUGCACCCAGACUACACAAGGAAGUGGUGUGCCAUAUAGACCUUGAGAAGCCGUACAUGUACAAGUUUAGGUCCUUCGUUCAAGAGUGUUCAAAAGCAGUAAAAGAGCUGAAGCGAGACAACGAGGAAACGAAGCAAACGGAAAUGCAACAAGACAAGAAGUAGCAACGGAUAGACUUAGCGUGUAGAUUAAUAUUGUAGCCUUGGUAUAUUCAAAUUUGAGACACGAUUCUAAGGAAAUUUACAUCUAUGAAGCCAGCAGCCCGUUGCCCCGAUUGAUUUGAACCUUCUUGUCCUCUCCUCCGCUCACGAUUCCCCAUGUCUUGUCCCACACCACGCUCAACACCUUGGCGCCGUCUCCAGCAGGAGGCAGCUUCUUGCCCUUCAACCACUCUCUUCCGAUGGUGUAGACUGGUUCGCUAACGCUGCCGCCGCCCUCUUCGGACGACGCGAGCCGGACGCUACGCAGAUCCCAGACGCGGCACGUACUGUCGUGUGAGCCAGAAACCAGCGAGUAGUCGUUUUCCGGGGAGGGAGCCACCGAAACAACCAUGUUGACGUGGCCUCGGAGGGUCAUGGCGGCGGUUGCGGCAGCAGACUCCCUAGGGUCCAGCAGGGUGAUGUGUCGUGCCGAAGAACCAGCGGCCACCAGCGAUGCACCGGGCAGUGCCGUUGCGCAAAGAAUGGGGUGCAUAGUGGUUAGGCGAGACACCUCUCGCUGUGUUGUAAGAUCGAUCGUCUUGACCGUGUGGUCCAAGGACGCAGAGUAGGCGACGGUCGAGUCCUUGGGAUGGAAGACGGCGGCAGUGACGGCCUCGUCGUGCAGAGGAAUCAUUGCAAGGGGUCCACGCUGAGCGGUAGAGCCGGCGUUGGACAGCUUGGCUCGCUUGGUGCUGUGGGCUG